AUGAGAUGGUUUUCUUGUGACCAGCAAAUUAAACAAAAUGAAGCUGAGAAGUUAUUUAAUUCAUUUCGAAGUUCAUUUUGGAUUUAUGAAAAACAAUGGUUUGUCCGAUGUUUUAUAGGAGAACAUGUCAUUUCUCUUAACACUCUCUCUAACAAGCCUGAUGAGUAUGAAACAAUUUUGGGCCUAUGUAAAUAUACAUGUUCAGAUGAUGAUUAUCAAAAGUAUUAUAAUUGCAUAACUACGAUCAAUAAUAUCACAUUUUUCAAUCAACCAAUACCACCUAACAUUCGCCUAUCGAAUAUUACAUACCUUUGUAAAGAAUUUCCCUUCAAUGCUCAAUUUUGGUCAAUUGUUCCAAAUUUAAACAGACUAAAGACACUUACUCUAUCAUCAUAUGAUGAUACUAUGAAAUCAGAAGUACAAGCUAUAUUAGAUCGAGCACCUUAUCUAACUACACUGUCUAUUCAACAAAAUGCAUCAUUACCUAUACAAAUGUCAUUAUUCAAAUAUACAAAUCCAUCCAUUCGUAAACUUGAUUUAGAAGAUUAUGUUCAUUAUUUUAAUGAAAAAGAGUGUCUUCUAUUAAGUCGUUCAUCAUUAGGUGUUCAAUGUGAAGUACUUUAUAUUCGAGUUAAUAAUCGUGAAAAUAUCACUACUCUUGUCAAAAAUAUGGUCAAUCUUCGAAUAUUACGUAUUUAUCGGAGUGAUGAAAAGUAUUCAGAUUCAGCCCAUAUAUAUUUAAAGAGAAACAAUGAUGAGACAUUUCGUGAGACAGACAAUAUAAACACUGAUGAACUUAUUCAAUGGUUAAAAGAUCAAUUGUCGUCAACGUCUGUGGUCGUCAAAGAUUUACAUUAUGUUCACAAUAUUUUAAUAUGGACUUAA